GUAGAGGGAACGCCAGGUUCCUCUGCGGAGGCCAUGGCUACGCGGCGGUAGCGAAGGAGGCGGACAAGAUGUCGACCGGGUGGAGGGUCCUCCAGCAUCCCCGUCCGCCGUCUGCUUUGCCCACUGCCUUGGUCGUACUGGUGCUGCUGGGCGGUAGCCCACCCGCGGCCUGCGCUUCAGCUUUCUGCCACCACCGUGUCCCCAGUGCCGAGGAGGUUAUCUACAAAGUUUAUCUCAAGCAAAAUCAUAUCUCGAAGAGAAGCGUGGAUGGGCAGCUGAAAAUUAAGACUAUAUAUGACAGAAGUGUUGAAGAACUGCCUCCUGAAAAAAGACACCUUAUAAAGCAUAAACUUUUUCCACAAGCUAUAUCUUAUUUGGAAAAGACAUUUCAAGUUCGGAAACCUACUGGUACUAUCUUACUAAGCAGACAGUGUGUAACAAACCAAUACAUAAGGAAGAGGGAUGACCCACACCGAUACUGCCGUGGAGCCUGUGCAGAAUUUACGAGGUGUGGUCCUGUCAUAGUUCCUGAAGAACACCUGCAGCAAUGUAGGGUAUGCAGUGAAAAUGAAUGGCUUUGUGGACCUGUUGGUUUACCAGACCAAGAAGGCGUUAGAGAUGCUGACUUUGUACUAUAUGUUAGUGCUUUGACUACUGAAAGAUGUGGCCAAGAAAAUAUCAUUGCAUACGCAGCAUACUGCCAGCUGGAAGCAGAUAUGGACAGACCAAUAGCUGGGUAUGCCAAUCUGUGUCCAAAUAUGAUUUCGACCCAACCACAAGAGUUUGUUGGAAUGCUAUCUACAGUAAAACAUGAAAUCAUUCAUUCAUUGGGUUUUUCAGCUGGUCUGUUCGCUUUUUAUCAUGAUGAUGAUGGAAAUCCUUUGACUGCUAGAUAUGCAGAAGGAGUGCCAGCCUUCAAUGAAAGCCUUGGCUUGUAUCAGUGGAGCAAUAAAGUUGUGCGUAACGCAGUAAGAUUGUGGGAUGUCCGGGACAAUAAGCUUCUACGUCAUAAUGUUUUUCUACUGAUUACUCCUAAAGUAGUUGAAGAGGCCCGAAAACAUUUUGACUGCCCCAUUCUAGAAGGAAUGGAGCUUGAAAAUCAAGGUGGCAUGGGCACCGAGCUCAAUCAUUGGGAGAAACGGCUGUUGGAGAAUGAAGCAAUGACUGGAUCACACACUCAGAACAGAGUGUUCUCCCGAAUCACCUUGGCUUUAAUGGAAGACACUGGCUGGUAUAAAGCCAACUAUAGCAUGGCAGAAAAACUAGACUGGGGCCACGGUAAAGGCUGCGACUUCGUGAUGAAGAGUUGUAAGUUUUGGAUCGACCAAAGGCGGAAAAAGAAAGAAGGUGUGGCCCCAUAUUGUGACACACUGCGGAAUAAUCCAUUGCAGCUGACCUGCAGGCAAGACAAAAGGGCAGUAGCAGUGUGCAAUUUGCAGAAGUUCCCACAGCAGCUGCCUCAGGAGUAUCAGUACUUUGACAGUUUAGAAGGAGUGACGGCAGAAGACCUGCCUUACUAUGGGGGAUCAGUAGAAAUUGCUGAUUACUGUCCUUUCAGCCAAGAAUUUAGCUGGCACUUGAGUGGUGAAUUUCAGCGCAGUUCAGAUUGCAGAAUAUUAGAAAACCAACCAGACCCUUUCAAAAACUACGGUGCAGAGAAAUAUGGACCAGAUUCUGUGUGUCUUCUUCAGAAGUCAGCAUUUGUUAUGGAACAAUGCAGAAAGAAACUUAGUUACCCUGACUGGGGCAGUGGAUGUUAUCAGGUUUCUUGUUCUCCCCAAGGACUGACUGUUUGGGUCAAGGAUGUGGCGUACCUAUGCAGUCGCUCAGGUCAAGUGCUGACUGUGAAUAUUCAGAUGAAUGGAUGGGUACAUAUUGGAAAUCUAAUUUGCCCAGCAUGUACAGACUUCUGUGAUAUCUGUCCACCUGAGCGGGACCCUCCUCCUGUCGCUAACUUAUCAAGAAUUGCACCUAUUGAUUUGUGCUCCUGCUCUCCCAGCCCGGUAGUAACCUUGUGGCUACUAAUGGCAAACUUACUUCCACUCCUUGCUGGGUUUCUUCUGUGUGCAUGGCGUUAAACUGAGCUCCCGAGUUGCCAUACAGUCACGUCGCAUUCCUAGAAUGCACUUCAACAGUGCAACGUAUCUCAAAGGCAGCUGUCUAGAAGAGAGAUUGUCUCUCCGUCUGCCUUGUGGCAAGCACUGCAUCUGAACACAAGCUGUGUGUUGCUGGUGAACAACCUCUGGGCUAAGAAAGAGGCAAAAAUUUUAAACAUCUCAAGUGUCAGGCAUAAUUUAAAGUUUUAUUUUCUCAUUGCUAACAAAUUUGGGGAAACAAAUUUACCGGGUAGAUUGCCUCUCUGCUGCCUCUGGUUUUGGAACAUUUUUUUACACAGAAUUCUCUGGGGCUUGUAGCAUCCUUAGACAGAGAUAUACCUCAGAGUUUCUUUUAGUCAAAAGCCAUGUCAAAUCAGUUGCCAUUAUUGCUGAGACUCAUAUGAUUUUAGAGAGUCUUGCAGUUUUAUCCAAAAAUAGUUUUGGGACUGGUGUAGCACAACUUCCAGAAUUAUUCCGUAUUUCAUAUGCUACAGGGAUUUAAGGUUGUUUCUUCUGUGCAGUCUCUGCUGCUCAGAAUAGCAGUGAACUUUUCAACAGCUACACACCAUGCACUUUUGAUAUUUCUAAGUAGUGGAAAUAUUUUUCCCAUGUCACUUAAUGAACAACACUUAAGUUUUGACUGUUGUGUUGUGACUCUUAAUGCACUGAAACUGUAACCCCAAGCAUGCUUGCUUGGACAUAACUUCCUCUGAACUUAUUUCAGAGUAAGCAUGUUUUAGAUUGGGCUAUAAAUGGUUGUUACAGGAUAACUCGAUGAAAUGGAUAGCCCUUGUUAAUGAAUGUUCACUUCACAAUACUGGCCUUUUACUCUUUUCAUGCAGCCCAGAUAUUGGUAAGGCUGCAGGAUCCAAAUGAACUUUUUUCUUAUGAGGUAGUGAUGGGGGAACAUUUCAUAGUGACGGAACUGUAAAUCUUGAACACCGUAUUGACACUGCUGGACCAAAUGGUGAUUACUGUUGCCAGGUAGCUUAGUUUGGGCAUUCUUGAACAAAAGAACCUCUCUCGUUGUUGGUGCUGUUGGGUAUAGGCAGAUUUAAACUUUUUCUUUAAAUUGUGCAGGUUACUAAGUAUACCACCCAGAAGCGGUUGGGCUGAAGAAAAGAUGUGAAGAACUUGUAGAUAAGCUAUUCCCUUAAGCAUGACAACCUUCCGGGAACCUAGUAGUGGAGACAGUGCUUUCUUAUAGCUGGUACAAAUAAGUCUCAUCAUAUGCUAGAAGAAGUGGCACCCGGUGCUACUGAUCGCUGUGGUUCAUUGAAGGUGAUUCUAAGAUUCUGUUGGCCAGGAGUGCUCCUAAAAAUCUUUUUAAAAAUCUGAAUUAUUUAGUUUUAUUCUACUUAUUGUGCAUAGGCAGUAGACUUGUCAGUGUGUCGGGAUUAGAGCCUUUAAAUGAAAUUGGAAACUUUUUUCAUGUCUGCAGGGUCCACUUAUUUUGAAGGAAAACCUAUAAUGGUGCCGAUUAGAUCUUUUUCUUCCCUUGAAGGUAUCUCUGUUUUUAGGAUGAGGGUUUUUUGCAAACCAGUCACAGGCAGUAACUGGGCCCACUUGCAGCAUGAGAAAGCUAAGAAUGUGAUAGUGUUGAGCAGAUAUCCUGUCUGGGGAUGUUACACAAAUGUGCACUACAUAAUUGCUCUACUUCUGUAGUAUAAACCCUACUUAGCCUUAAAUAAGGGGUGGGGGAGUGGACAACAUAGAAAUAGCAAUAAAAUAUUAGGGUUAAGAAACGCUUUAAACAUACACUUCGACUGGAAAUUUGAACGAUGUACAGUUUAGCAAUUGGCAUGAAACACUUAUGUGAAAUCAAAGCAUCUGAGAAUUUUGGAAGCCAGAGAUGAAAAGUUUUGUGCAAUAAUGGAAUUUAAAUAGCAUCUUUACAUGAUGCUUUUAUACUUGAAUAUUCUUUUGUCUUGAAGUAAAACAAUUGCACUGUAUCAAUAUUAUGGCUAACUUUUUAUAUAGGCAUUCAUAUCUGUGUUAAUGUAUGAAUUUAUGUUGUGAAACUUGAGUUAAGCCAUGAUGUCUCUACUGUGGUACAUUAGUUAAAUCUAGGAACUUAGUAAAAUGGCUUGAAAUGUUCUUGCCAGUUAUACUAUAUUAUGCUGGUGACCACCAUGCACUGUAUCAGAGAGCGUUCAUAUGCUUUACACUCCAGAGCUCUUAUAUGCAGAUAUUUAAGUGAGCACAUAAUUGAAUUAGCCUGAAAUUCUGAUUGUGUCUGGGAACAUGCUUGCAGUUGAUGAGUCUGAAGCGUGAACACUGAAUUUGACUCCCUGUGCAUAAAUAAAUCCGCUGUUUACAUUGAGACCCUCAUUCUUUUGCAUUAGUGUGAGAAAUUUUGGAAGACCAGUCAAGGUCAUAUAGUACCCAUUUUAAAGUCACAGAAUCAUUUCAUGAGGUGGUUGUGGCGGAAAUGGGGCCCCAAUGUUAUCUCAGAGAUGCGAUCUUUGCCUCCUCCCCCCCCCCCCUCCAUUGAAAAUGGCUGUCUGGAUUCUGGGGACUGCUGAUCAUAAGACCCAUUUUAGAAGAUGGUACAUGUGUAUAUUCACAAAGUAUUGCAGCUUUUUCUUAAUAUACAUACAUGACAUCAUGUGUCUGACAGUGCAGAUCAAUAAAAGCAUCUCACAAUGGAACUGACUACCUCAGUUUCAAGUAUACUUUGAUGAGAUAUUCAUUGUCUCCAUUAAUCUUGACAUCUCAAACUUCCUGAAGAACAAAUUCCUAUCUAAUGAGGAGAAAGCAGCACAGUAGGAAACUGUUAUUUUAGGAUAUGGAAUCUAUGGUGAAUCCUUGCCAUCAACACCAUAGUAGUUUUUAAUAAAAAAUGUAAACUUUUUUCCCUAAGUCUACAUGUAGCUGUUUUGGUUGUGGUAUUUCUUAGUUGCACUUGCAUCCUUUAUUGUUACUGCUCUGAAUGGAUAUAGUAUUGCCAUUUAUUUUCUUCCUUGACAAGCACAUCCAUGCCCCUGCUGUGACUGAAUCUAAUCUCUGAAGAUGUUUUUCUUAGACCAUCAUAGCCCUUAACUGGCACUGAGCAUCAAUUUGCCUCAGAGUGGGCUGACCACUUCACUAAGUGGAAAAUGUCCCAGUGGGAUGCUGCACUUGAUAGGUAUGGGUGGUCAGGACCAACAAAGAGCCAAGCUCCCGCAACUCAGUCAAUGCCUCUGGGACCAUUUGGCUCAGAGCUUUCAUCAGCAAUGGUAAUUGGACUCAGUUCACCAAUUAUUUCCUCCUAUGCUGCUGCCAGCCAUAAGAGGAAGCAAGGGAUAAACUACUGCCCAUUGUUGGUGCUGCUGAGCUGAGUGGCUUUGGUAGCGUUGGCUUGUAGUGCCUCAGGCUGCUGAGCUUACCUCCAAAGGCUGUUAUCACUUCCGAGUCUGCUCCCAACUUGCCUGAAGACCAGUUAUUUUACAAAGGAGGGGAGGUUAGGAGUAUUUCUUGGUGAAAAGCAUUGGUGAGUCAGAUGCAGACCUUUGCCUGCCCUUUGAACUGCAGGGUAGA